AAGAGCUUGCUUUACGUCUGCUCUAUCCAAUUUUAAGUUAGAAGCUCUCAAAUAUUAUUGCUUCAUCUAAAAAUAUUAUUUCCCGUGGAUGAUGAUUGAAUAUUAUCCGCUGUAUCACCAUACAUGUAAUGCAACUCCUUAAAAGUAUAACUGUUGUUCAAAUUUUGUUAAUCAUAUACACUAAUACUAUCAUGCCAAUCCUCAUCAUGUCCAUGUUUCUUUAAAGCUCAGCCCCCUUCCCUCUCAAAAGCCCAUUCUACUUUGCAGAGAUUUCUGAAUCAAUCUCUUUACACCCUUCCACCCCUUUUGAUCACCCUACCUAGGACACAAAGAUGAAGAACAACAUUGGCAGUAACACAAAACUCAUACUCUUACAUCCUUAUAUACAGAAACAGGGCACCUCCAAUCGUUUAUGGGUUCUUGCUUUUAUUUCAUUUUUCACUCUUGCAUUCCUCCUUACUCUUAUUUACACAAGAGAAUCCCUCACCACUUCCUCUGUCGCCGCUGUCUCUGCCAUAACUGGUUCAGCUAAUCCUCCCUUGUCAAAAGCAGUUGUAAGGGCCCUUACACAUUAUGCUUCAAAUUCCAACAACACCGAACGUAUGUCGUAUACAGAUAUCAAACAAAUUGCUGAUGUCCUUCGACAAUGUCAACAACCUUGUAAUCUCCUCGUUUUCGGCCUUACCCACGAGACACUUCUAUGGAAAGCCUUAAAUCACAAUGGCAGAACAGUUUUCAUCGACGAAAAUAGAUAUUAUGCUGCUUACAUUGAGGAGAAAUACCCUGAAAUUGAAGCUUACGACGUGCAGUAUACAACCAAAUUGAGCGAAAUGAAAGAGUUGAUUGCUGCAGUGAAGGAACAAAUACGAAACGAAUGUAAGCCAGUGCAGAAUUUGUUGUUUUCGGAGUGUAAACUCGGGAUAAAUGACCUUCCUAAUCAAUUCUAUGAGGUGAAUUGGGAUGUUAUUUUGGUUGAUGGACCAAGAGGGUACUGGCCAGAGGCACCCGGUCGAAUGUCUGCUAUUUUCACUGCUGGAGUAUUGGCACGGAGCAACAAGAGUGGCAAUCCGAAGACACAUGUUUUUGUGCAUGAUUUUAAUCAAAAAGUGGACAGAAUCACAAGUGAAGAGUUCUUAUGUAAAGAGAAUUUGGUGAAUUCCAAGGAUAUGUUGGGACAUUUUGUCAUAGGAAGAAUGGCUCCCAACAGCUACAAGUUCUGUCGCAACCAUAUAUAAUUUGGCACCAUACAAGUUCAAUGUAUUGUAUCAUAAGGUGAAUUUCAUAAUUUAAACAAGUGUGAAAUUUUAGAUUUAUUAUUAUGCUAAGGAAAAGGAGGGAGGGUCCAGUGUUCAGUAGACAGGUGCAAAAAUUAAAUACUCCAACCCUCUGUUGGUGUUGCUUUUAAUGAAUUCUCCUAUAAAUGAAAAUGCAACUAGUUCUGUCAAAGUCUGCACAUUUCCUGCGGCAAAUUGAAUACUUAGCUAUUUUAUAUCGAAUGGAUUUUAUGAAAUGUUACAUUUUGUCAUGUAUAACACAACUGUCCGAAGAAAUGAA